CCUUUCCAGUGGAGUACUGCCGUCAGAAGGAUCGGCUGACGUAACUUUUUCACAUCGCCAAAAGCUUUGACCCUUCCUUGAACACGAACCACAUCGAGCAACAGACUCAAAUAUGGCAGACGCACCAGAGCACAGCUUCCGUGAAGAACGCGACCGCCGGAGGCGUGACGACGGACACCGCGAUUACAGGGACCGUGAUAGGGAUGGCCAUGGCCACAGGGAUAGAGGAGGAGACAGAAACAGAGAACAUUUCGGUGAUCGUCGAGAUGACCGACGCCGCGAGUUCGGUCGUGACUUCGAUGACCGCAGGAAGCGUGGCGGUGGUCAUGGUGGUCACGGCGAUGACCGUCGCAGAGAACACCGGGAAGAGAAUCGCGAGCAUCGACACGGUCGAGGUCGUGAGGAGGGAUCCCCACGCCGUGGUGGGCGUAAGGGGCGGGAUGGGCUUGGCACUCCAGAGCGGCGGUCCCCUACACCUGAGGGUGCGCUUCCUCUGGCCCAACGGAGGCGCAAAGCUUCUGGUUGGGAUGUUCAUGCUCCAGGAUACGAACAAUAUUCCGCCAUGCAAGCCAAACAAACAGGUCUUUUCAACCUUCCUGGAGCGAACCGUACACAAGUUCCUCCCAUUCUUGGCAUUGCUGGUUUGCCACCUCCAAUCCCAGUCCAGACUUUUGGCAUGGGAAUUGGGAGCAACCCAAACUUGUCUCGACAAUCCCGUCGCCUCUACAUUGGGAGCAUCACACCUGAGGUCAAUGAGCAAAAUCUCGCCGACUUCUUCAACAGCAAGAUGAUUGAAAUGGACAUCGGCACCGGCGGUCCCGGAAACCCUGUCCUUGCAGUACAGUGUAAUUAUGAGAAGAACUAUGCAUUUGUCGAGUUCCGCAGCGCAGAAGAUGCAACGGCUGCUAUGGCCUUCGACGGUAUUAUAUUCAUUAACGGUCCACUCAAAAUUCGGCGACCGAAGGACUACGGUGGCAUUGAGAUCACUGUUCCUAGCGUCCAUGUUCCAGGCGUUGUUUCAACCAACGUCCCUGACUCCAUCAACAAAGUGUUUGUGGGUGGUCUGCCGACUUACUUGAAUGAGGAGCAGGUACAGGAGUUGCUCAAGAGUUUCGGCGAGCUCAAAGCUUUCAACUUGGUCCGUGAAAAUGGCAAUGGUCCAUCCAAGGGUUUUGCGUUCUUCGAAUAUGUGGAUGCCUCUGUUACUGACGUUGCCAUUCAAAGCUUGAACGGCAUGGAGCUAGGAGACCGCUAUCUAGUUGUACAGAGAGCCUCGGUCGGCGCGAAACCCGGUACACCGGGCAUGAUUCCAAACCUCCCUUACGACCAAUUUCCAGAGAUUCCUCGACCCAUCAUGCCUGCUGGCGAAAGCAACAACGCCGAUGCUCGUAUCCUUCUCAUGCUUAACAUGGUUACGCCCGAUGAUCUCACCAAUGACGACGAAUACGGCGACUUGUACGAGGACGUCAAAGAAGAAUGUUCCAAAUACGGGAAUGUCGAAGAUCUGCGCAUUCCUCGGCCCGUCAAGAAAGACAAAUCGAAAUGGGCUCCAGGCGAGCCUGGCCAUCAGACCGCCAUUGAGGCUCAGCGCGCCGAUGAAGCAGCGGGUGUAGGCCGUGUCUAUGUCAAGUAUGUUGAUGCCGAAGGUGCACAGACAGGUCUUAAGGCGCUUGCUGGGCGGUCCUUCGCUGGACGCUCUAUCAUCGCUACAGUCUUGAACGAGGACAGUCAAACGACGCCCCCACUUAACUUGAUCUUUGCCCCUCAGCCAGAUGCUCCUCCUCCACUCCCCACCUCUUGAUUGAUCACUUCUUUUGGGAGGCUGGAAGUGAUUAUCUAGUUGCUCAGUCGUAUGUACGUGCUGUACCGUUUCUGAUGUCGUUCCGUACAGAUGCUUUGAUUUCGUGCAAAUGAAGUGCCUAUUUGAUAAUCACUGAAGGGUUUUACGGCGU